AUGACAACUGCACAACAAUUGCAUCCUGAUUUGAAAGAGCUGAGUCAAAUGCCAAACACGAUAUUUUGUCAAGUUGAAACGGCUAUUAAAACUUCAACAAAACUGACCGACGACUACAGGAAACAAUGUCUUCAAGCUUGUUGUAACGCCAAAGAUAGUUUUUUUCGUGCACAAAUCGACUUUACGGAUGAAGGGCAACGAUUGAUCACCCGUGCGAUGAAGCUACCUGUUACUGAUGAAAAUAAUCGACGAAUACUUCACGGCGAAUGGAAAAAAAUGAUGAUUUUUACAAAAACAGAAUGUAAAUUAAUACUGGAACCGGUGCAACAGAUAGUUCAAUACCUCUUGAAAACAGACCGCUUUUUGGGUUCUAUUGUCGUUACUGUCGCACUGCUAAUGAAAUUUGUUACAGUUAAGCAGAUUCGUGACAGUGUCCAUGACACAUUGCAAAGCGUCAAAGAAUGGAUCAGUGUAAAUUUUCCGAAAUGCAUCAGCAUUAGCAGCAAAGAGUUGAAAGCCGAAGAAUUAUUAAAUCAACUAAACGAUUUAUUACAUUUCAUGGAAACUGAUGAAACAGAUUGGCUAUCUGAUGUAAAACUCGAAUGUUUGCAACAACGAAUCAAUAUUAAAAAUGCCGCGUUGAAACAAGACAGAGAAAGAUUUUGCGUUGACAAUAAGUUACAGUGA